AUGUCAAGACGUUCAAGCAGAAGGAAUUAUAACGAAAAAGUCGAAGAAGAAUUCGAUGAAGAUGGUGAAACCACUCGUUGUAUUUGUGGUAAUGAUGACCUCAAUGUUGAUGAUAUCAAUGGCCAACUUCGAACCCUUUUAAAAUCAGAAUACCAAAUUCAAAUCGAUCAAGGAUUAUUCAUUCAAUGUGAUAAAUGUUCAGUUUGGCAACAUGGUUAUUGUGUAGGUUUAUUCACUGAUGAAGAUGUUCCUGAUAAAUACUGGUGUGAGUUAUGUAAACCAGAUCUUCAUUUUUUUGUUGAUGAUGAACAUGAAAAUCGAACCCUUUAUAAACCUGCUAAUGAUAAGAGGAAGAAGUUAAUGGCAGAAAGUGAAAGUAAAAGGAAAUUCACUCGUAAAGAUCGAAGGAAUUAUGAUUAUGAUGAACAAUUACAAAAAGCUUUAAGAGAAAGUGUUAAGGAAAAAGAAUUAGAAGACCAUAAACCAGUUGAAGAAGAAAUAGUAGGUGAUGAAGAAGAUGAAGUUGAAGCUGAAGUUGAAAUUGAAGAACCUAAAAAGGAGAUUAAAAAGAAACCUGUUAAGAAAGUUAAGAAAAAAGAAGUUAAGAAAGUUAAAAAUGAAACUCCUAUUACUAAAGAAGAAUUAUUGACUCAACCUUCGAGGCCGAGAUUUGUUAAUGAAAAGUCAAGUAUUUAUGAGUUAAGGAAGAGGAUUAAUGCGAUUUUAGAAUGGUUGAAUCGAUCACAAUUGGAAUUAGAGGGGGGAAGAGAAUUUCUUGAUGAUGAGAUGAAGGUGGAAUGUGAUGGGAAUUUAAUGAUGAUGCAGACUUUGACGACGAAGAUCUUGAGUUGGGAAGAGAAGUUUGGGAAGUAUGCUCCUUAG